AUGCGAUGGUACAAUGUAGCUUGGCUGCUUUGGCUGCCUACCUUAGUGGAAAGCCGAAAGCUGACACAGCGUAGAGCAGGCUUCCUCUACAAGGAAGCCGCAGACGAAGGUGUAGAUGUUGCGGGCCAACUGCGCUUGAAGCUGAAGGCCAAAAGUUUCGUGAACCCCCACACCACAAUUGCUGAAGUGGGUGACGUUCGCAUCGUUGACUUCAACGGCACGUGCCUGACUUGCGGCAAAUCACCGUAUUGCGCGACGUUGAAUGCCUUCGACAAGGACACAGGACCUGAGAAGGCAUGCACUGGGACUAUGACACCUGGACAAAAGUUCAGCUGGACUGUGUCUGACAAGGAGUAUGACCUCCUGUUGACUAUGCCAAUCUCGUCUCUAGGUGACGACUUGAAUUUCGAGGUGCAGAUCUUUUCAGCAGUUGAUGCAUCAGGCCAGAAUAGCAAGGAGAUCACGGGGAGGCAAGUUACGCAGUGGAUUGCGCUCGCCUUGCUGGGAACUCCAAAACACAACGUGUGGUACAAAAUCGGCGUCUCCCUGAACGGUGACUUCUCCCGGGGUGUGCAGACCAUCUCGAACAAAGUGCCAGUUCCAGAAGAAGCCGUGAAGGCCAUCGUUCAUGGAGCCUGCAUCAAGAACCCGGACAAUAGAUACACCGUGGUGGAGUCGCAGCUCCAGAGGGACAAGUUCGCCGUAAAUGCUUCCUGCGCGGCGGGUUGCGCCGGAAAUGCCAAGGUGGAGAAGUGUGGCGCAGAUGGUGAGCCCUACAUACUGACAGGCUGCAAAGCGGAUGUUUGCACCAGCCCAAUGGUGGACAUCUAUGAUGUCACUGAAGUGAGCUUGGAGCAACGAAACUUUGAGGUACUGGCGCGCUGCACUCCAGGAAAGGCUGAUGGCACUGCAAAAGUCAAGAAGUGCAAGAAGCCAAACCAGCCUUAUGAACUCGACGGCUGCACAGCAUUCACCACUACAACGACUACCAGCACCACCACAACCACCACCACAACUACGACCACCAGCACAACUACGACUGUGAGCACAACUACAGUUACUACCACAAGCACAAUCACUUCCACAACAACGACCACCACAACCGCGACAUCCACAACCACCACCACCACAACCAGCACAACAACAGUUACCACAACCACAACCACAACCAUCACAAUCACCACGACAUCUACGCUCACUACAACCGCAACGCUUACGUCAACGAGCACUAGCACGACCACAACAACUCAGACUAGCACAGCCACCAGCACAACCACCACUACAAGUACGAGCACGGUCACGACCACAACAACAAGCACCACAACGCUCACAUCAACAUCAACAAGCACCACAACCACUACAACAGUCAUAACUACAGAAGGAUCGACCACGACAAGCACGACCACAACAACUACAACGACGACAUCUACUGUGACCAGCACUACGACCACCACCAGCACUAGCACUAGCACAACAACCAGCACAACAACAAGCACCAGCACUGAAACCACUACAACAACCAGCACAACCACCUUCACAACAACAAGCACGUCCACCAUCACAAGCACUACAACAACAACUACCAGCACUAGUACAACCACCUACACAACCAUAACCACAGCAACGAGCACAACAACAACGACCAGCACCAGCACAGGAACAUCCACUACUACUACGACAAGCACCACAACAGUCACACAGACCACGACAGCUACAACGACUUCAACCAGUACCACCAGCACGUCCACCACAACAACCACCAGCACAACUACAACUUCGACAACGACCGUCACGACGACCACCACCACUACCACGACGACAACAACAACAACAUCCACUACAACUACAAGCACGACCACAAGCACCACUACGUCUACUUCCACCACCACCACUACGUCAACGAGCACCACGACCACGACAACUACCACGACGUCUACCUCUACUACGACCACCAGCACCACAACCACAACAUCAACCAGCACAACUACGUCCACCACCACCACCACCACAACUACCAGCACCAGCACCACAACGACCACAACAACCACAACCACAAGCACCACCACAACCACCACCACAACUUCAACCACGACUUCAACCACCACAACAACUUCAACAACCACAAGCACCACCACCACUUCAACCACAACGACCACGACAACAACCACAACCAGCACGAGCACCACAACAACAACCACAACAUCAACAACCACUACGACAACCUCAACAACCACCACAACCACAACAACCAGUACGACAACCUCAACCACGACUUCCACCACAACGACUACCAUAACGACUACAUCUACCACCACUACAACUACAACCAGCACCUCCACUUCCACCACCACCACGACAAGCACCACCACAUCAACCACUUCAACAAGCACCACAACUACAACAACCACAACAACGACUACAACAUCAACAGUCACUACAACCACUACUACCAGCACUACUACUAGCACGACAACAACAUCAACUUCCACUACUAGCACGAGUACAACGACUAGCACCACCACCCGACCCGGUCAUCCAUGCCUGGCACCUGUGGUAGAUGGCUAUGUUGUCACGGAGUCCGAGCUGUUUAGCACGGAAUUUGCAGUUACAGCGCAGUGCGCCCCAGGGUACCACGGCAAAGCAGCGGCAACCCCAUGUGAUGGGAACCUGGCACCUUACGUGCUGAGUGGCUGCGAACGCGAUAAAGUUUGCGUGUCUCCGAAGGACACAGCGGGAUAUCUUGUCGAUGAGCAGGACCUCACCAUGCAUGACUUCCAGGUAAACGUGACCUGUGCAAAGGGUUUUAGUGGCGCACCAUCAGCAACACUUUGUCCUGAAGAAGAAACGUCCUACACGUUGGCGGGAUGCGAAAAGAUUGUGCUUUGCUCCACGCAGUUGGAAAACAAGGGGUAUCAGGUGACUGAAGCCGCAUUGGAGAAGCACGCCUUCGAUGUGACUGCCGAGUGUGCUGCUGGCUACAAGGGAAAGGCUGAAGUUGAGCCGUGUGUGACCGAUGCGCCAUAUGCUCUGAAAGGUUGCGUUCCAGACACAACCAUUUGCACUGUCCCAGCCGCGAUUGGGUACAUCGUGCAAGCUCAGUCACUCCAGAUCUUCGACUUCAAUGUGACUGUCAGCUGUCGCAAAGGCUACUAUGGCACAGCGGCGAUUGCACCUUGCAAGAGCGAGGGGGCAGUGCAGUUGUCUGGCUGCAACAAGAUUGAGAACUGCGAAAGGCCACUUGAUCCCAGAGGCUUCAAACUCACGGAGACCAGCACGAGUAUUCAUCAGUUUCAGGUGGCUGCUGAGUGCGCCGCAGGCUACCACGGCCUCGCAAAGGUGACAGCCUGCACCGUUGCGGAUGAGCCGUACGUUUUGGCCGGUUGCGAGCCAACCAAAGUCUGCAAAGCGCCUUCCACGUCAGAGGGCUAUGUCCUCAAGGAACGCAGCGUGGAGGUACAUAUGUUUGACGUUGCAGCCAAAUGUGCGGCUGGCUUUGUCGGCGACGCUGCAGUGAAGCCUUGCGCAGAUAACUUGCAGGAAUACCAGCUGAGCGGCUGCAAGCCCAUCACAACAUGCACUGCGGCCACAGCUUCAGCAAACUACGUCGUCGAAGAAAAGUCCUUGGACGUGCAUUCCUUUCAGGUCUCCGUGGCGUGUGCCAACGGCUUCUCCGGAACCGCCAAAGUAACGCCCUGCGACCAGCAUUUGAAGCCCUACCGCCUGUCGGGGUGCUAUAAAGCUGGUGACACGUGUAUCUCCCCCAGGGAUAGCACUGGCUAUUUGGUGAAGGAGCACAAUUUAGUGGGCAGCUCCUUCAAUGUGGCCGCGAAGUGUCAAUCAACCCAUACGGGUCAGCCCAAAGCGGUGGGCUGUCCUGAAGCGGGCACAGAAUAUGCGCUGACUGGCUGCACGCCGAAAAUCGCAUGCAUGUCAGAUCCCAAUGCUGAGGGCUAUAGAAUCACAGAAGCCAGCACAGUGGUUCUCCCCUACCAGUUCGAUGUUACUGCGAAGUGUGCACCGGGGUAUGUUGGAACGGCAGCGAUUGCCCCGUGCCAGAAGGCGCAUACUUCCUAUGUAUUGAGUGGAUGUACAAAAGAUACCACAGUUUGUACUCGACCGUCUAUCGACGGAUAUUCGGUCAAUGAAGUCGAGCUUUUGUAUGGUAGCUUCAAUGUCAGCGCACAAUGUGCUCCUGGCUAUACCGGAACUCCCUCCGCCAUUCCUUGCUCUAUAACAGGUGGGGACUACAUCCUCGGCGGCUGCAAGCUAGUUGAGACUCUUGGCGAGGUGUCAGACCUGCAACUUGGUGCUUUUUGA